UGAACAAGGAUUCUUUCACACCUUUCACGGCAGGACCCUCCCACUCAUGUCGCGAUUGGUCGCUGCUGCGUUUAAAGCUGGCUGGACUCGUGCUGGGUAACUCUGACCUUACUGUUCAAUUUACUGUAUGCAUUUAGUAAAGAGCAAAUAAACAGAGCAGGACAAGACAUAGCUGGAGAAGUUUCCCGGUCCACCCAGAGGCUACAAAAGAGUUCAGUUGGUGAUCAUCAAGGAUACGCGCCCGGUGCGUGUGGGAGAUGAGCAGUCCCGAUGCGGGCUACGCCAGUGACGACCCGAGUCAGACCCGCGGCAGCUCAGUCAUGAUGCCCGGCAUGAGGCAGUGCGCGUGGGCGGACCCGCUCAAUCCGCUUGCUGACUCCAAAGUGAAGAGCGAGACGUGUUCUGCUGUGGGUCCCGGGCACGGGAAGAGCGAGCCGCGCAUCCGCCGGCCGAUGAACGCGUUUAUGGUGUGGGCGAAAGAUGAGCGCAAGAGGUUGGCGCAACAAAACCCCGACCUGCACAACGCGGAGCUCAGCAAAAUGCUCGGUAAGUCAUGGAAAGCUUUACCAAUGGUGGACAAACGUCCAUUCGUGGAGGAGGCCGAACGCCUGCGAGUGAAACACAUGCAGGACCACCCAAACUAUAAGUACCGGCCACGACGUCGCAAACAGGUGAAACGAAACAAACGACUGGACUCAGGCUUCCUGCUGCCUGGGGUGGGGGACACACAGACCCCUUUAGGCAUGGACAGAAUGACUAUGGGCUAUUCAGGACUGCCGCAAGCAGGACUGCAUCAAUAUUGUGAGACCCAGGGUUUGUUUGAGCCUUACAGCUUGCCUACACCCGACCCCUCUCCUAUGGACGCUGGGGUGACCGAAUUCUUCACCAAUCUCCAAGACGAACACCAUCAGUCAGCGUACAACUAUCAUCAUCACCAAGAGUACCAGCUUCAGGAACACACCAACACGCAAACACUUGCCAACACGCACCCUCACGUGAGCACUCAUUCUCACAGCGUCCCUCACUCCAACGUCAACAUACACGGCAACUCCAGCAAUGCACAACUCAAUCUGAUGAACAACGCACAACAACUGAGUAAUGCGAGUGCCAACCAGCAAACCGGUCAGAAUUCUAGUCCACAUUCUAACUCAGUCACUCUCGCCCUCUUUAACAGAAGUCUUUCACCGCCUUCUCAUCAAACCACUGCUUACCUGAGCUGCCCUUCCAGUUUAGGUGUCUUUUAUGGUGCCAACUCUCAACUGAAGCGUCCUUAUGAGGAACUGUCACUUCCUGUCGCCGGUCGCACGCAUCCACACAACUCUACUGAUCCGCACACUCAGGCUCAUGUGGCAACACAGAGUCAAUGCCCUGGUGAAAUGGAUGAAGUGGACAGCAGUGAGUUUGAGCAAUACCUCUCUUAUGGGGUCCCACAUACACCCUUACAAGGGCCCGACUUAAUCUCAACUGUACUUUCUGAUGCCAGCACUGCCGUCUACUACUGUGGCUACAAUAAUUCCUGAACAUACUGUAUGUUCUUUUGUCAUUUUAAAGGCCUAUCAAAAGCGUUUUCAAAUGUUGGUCCCGUGUUAUUGUACACGAUUCAUCAGUGCACGUUAUUCCAAGGACAAAUGAAAUAACUUGCUCAAUCGCAAACCCUUUUGACAUUGAAUAACAUGCAGGAUAUGAAUAACAGAUAUCUAUAAUUCAGUUUUCACUAGUAAAAAUGCUAAUUCUCCAUCUCAGCAAUGGAAUAACUACUAGUGAAAAUGCUAAUUUUUUAAUAACAGUAAUUACGUUUUCACUAGUAAAAAUGUUCAUUCUUGAUAUCAAAGAUAGAAUUUCAACUAGUAAAAGCAUUUCUUGUCCGGAACACAAUAACAGAUAUCUAUAAUUAAUAUCUAACUAAUUCAAAUUCCAAAUACACAUAUCAGCGAUUUUCUUCUUACUCUAGUAAAAUGCACAUUUAUAUAAGAACAAUUACAUUGUUACUAGUGCAAAUGCUAUUUUUUUUAAAUCAACAACUGAAUUACAACUAGUAAAAAUGGUUCUUUUUGAUAUUAGUAAUUAAGUUUUCACUAGUAAAAAUGUUCAUUCUUGAUAUCAAAAAUGGAAUUUCAACUAGUAAAAGUCAUAUUUUUUUAUAUCUGUACCUCCUGUCAAAAAUACUAUAAAAGAUAUCAAUAAUUAAUAUCUAACUAGUUCAAAUUCCAAACACACAUAUCAGCAAUGUUCUUCUUACUCUAGUAAAAUGCACAUUUAUAUAAGAACAGUUACACUGUUACUAGUGCAAAUGCCUAUUUUUGAAAUCACCAGUUGAAUGACAACUAGUAAAAAUGGUUCUUUUUCAUAUCAGCAAUGAAGUUUUCACUAGUAAAAAUUUCCAUUCUUGAUAUCAAAAAUGGAAUAUAAACUAUUAAAAGCCGUACAUUUUGCAUCAGUACCCUUGUCAAAAAUACAAUAAAAAUAUCAAUAAUUAAUUUCUAACUAGUUCAAAUUCCAAAUACACAUAUCAGCGAUGUUCUUCUUACUAGUAAAAAUACACAUUUAUAUAUGAACAAUUACAUUGUUACUAGUGCAAAUGCUAUUUUUUAAAUCAACAAUUGAAAUACAAGUAGUAAAAAUGGUUCUUUUUGAUAUUAGUGAUGAAGUUUUCACUAGGAAAUUUAUUUCAACUUGUUAGAUUUGGUAUUUCAGAUAUCUGGAAAUGAAUUUCAGAUAUCAAUAAUUUGAAGAGUAAUUAAUUAUAUUCUUAAAGUCUUUCUUACUAGUUACAAUCACAUUAUACUAUAGAUAUCUGAAAUUAAAAUUGCCACUAUAGUGAAAACUAAAUUACAGAUAUAAAAACAUUUGUAAUCUUACUAGUUGUAUUUCAGUUGUUGAUAUCAGGAAUGGACAUUUUCAGAGAAAUACAUCACAUUACAGAUGGGUCAUGCUGACUUUAACCCUUUAAAAAGUGGUUUGAUAAGAAUCUUGAGCAUUGAGAAACACUGUAAAUAUUGUUAUCAUAACAUAAAAUGUACAGUAAUACCCUUAUGGAGCGACUUUCUUUAUAAUUUUGUAUUUUUGCAUUUUUGGAAAAAUAAAAGUUUCAAAGUA